UGGGGCAGUUCUGCUCUGUCCUAUAUAGUGUCAGUAUGAGUUAGAAUCAACUGGACAACAGCAGGUUUUGGUGUGCUUCACACUGAUAUGUUGUUGAGAACCUUAGGUCAACUGCUAGUAAGUAGCAGAUCUGUGAUCUAACUGAGGUAACUGGCGUCAAAUCUGACUCCCAAGCCCGUGUUCUCUCUACCACUUUGGAAGGGUGAAGGUGGCAUGAUGUGCUCCAGAAUGGCGCCCUAUCUGCCGCCUUCACUGUGAAAAUACUGCCCUGAGCCAUUUUCUACAGUCCUUAAGGAUGCUGCCUCUCAGAGCCUUUCGCACAGAUGCCAGAAAAAUCCACACUGCCCCUGCCCGAGCCUUGUACCUGCUGCGCCCCCUGCCCAUUCUGUUGGCAACAGGCGGCGGGUAUGCGGGGUACCGGCAGUAUGCAAAGUACAGGGAGCGAGAGCUGGAGAAGCUGGGAUUGGAGAUACCACUCAAACUUGCUGGUCCCUGGGAGGUGACCCUGUACAAGUCCGUGCCGACCCGCUUGCUGUCACGGGCCUGGGGCCGCCUCAACCAGGUGGAGCUGCCGCAUUGGCUGCGCAGGCCCGUCUACAGCCUGUACAUCUGGACCUUCGGGGUGAACAUGAAGGAGGCUGCCGUGGAGGACCUGCACCACUACCGAAACCUCAGCGAGUUCUUCCGGCGCAAGCUGAAGCCGCAGGCCCGGCCUGUGUGCAGCCUGCACAGUGUGAUCAGCCCGUCAGAUGGGAAGAUCCUCAACUUUGGGCAGGUGAAGAACUGUGAGGUGGAGCAGGUAAAGGGGGUCACCUACUCCCUGGAGUCAUUCCUGGGCCCACGCACCUCCACGGAGGACCUGCCCUUCCCACCAGCCACCUCCUGCCGCUCCUUCAAGAGCCAGCUGGUCACCAGGGAAGGGAACGAGCUCUACCACUGUGUCAUCUACCUGGCCCCCGGCGACUACCACUGCUUCCACUCCCCCACUGACUGGACUGUUUCCCACCGGCGCCACUUCCCAGGCUCCCUGAUGUCAGUGAACCCCGGCAUGGCCCGCUGGAUCAAGGAGCUCUUCUGCCACAAUGAGCGGGUGGUCCUGACCGGGGACUGGAAACAUGGCUUCUUCUCACUGACUGCCGUGGGAGCCACCAACGUGGGUUCCAUCCGCAUUUACUUUGACCGGGACCUGCACACAAACAGCCCGCGGUACAGCAAAGGCUCCUACAACGACUUCAGCUUCGUGACGCACACCAACAAGGAGGGCGUCCCCAUGCGCAAGGGCGAGCACCUGGGUGAAUUCAACCUGGGCUCCACCAUCGUGCUCAUCUUUGAGGCCCCCAAGGACUUCAACUUCGAGCUGAAAGCAGGACAGAAGAUUCGUUUUGGGGAGGCUCUGGGCUCCCUUUAGAUCCCGUCCUGGCUGUGGCUGCUGAGGAAUUGUUUCCAAAGGGAGAGAAAUGCGAGGGUAUAUUAGACAGGAAACCCCACAAGGCGUCCAGGUGAGGGGCUGUCUCUGGGCCGUGUGGAGUCGGGCCGGGUAGGACCCAAUGACGGUUGCCAUCUGCCCCAGAGAUGGGGACGACAAGAGGGUUUCACCCUCACAGCGGGGAGAGUAGAGCCCCUGGUUGUGCCCACUACCUGUUGUCCCUUCCUCUCCACAAAAAGAAAAAAGCACAGGCAGGGAUGAUCUCAAAUGAGACACUUUGGCUCAUUAACGUGUCAUAUAAACUGGAGCUACCUCUCCUGGCUGAGCGUUCAGGUGGUCUUUUUUGUUUUUAGAUGGUAAAUGGCAAGAGUCUUGCUGCUCCUCUCCAACCUGGCCAUUUCCUGUUGGCCCCGUUGCUUUCUGGCACCGCCCCCCACCCCUACCCCCUGCCUGCCUCUUGCACAGGGUGAGGUGCUCUCAGCACUGACUGUGGACCCACACUGUCCCCAAGUUCUCCUCACCCUGCCCAGUGGAAAAAGCUAAAUCUUCCUUCUUUGCACUGUGACUAAACUCAUCACCACGGACUCUUUUUUUUGCCAAUGUCGUCUGAGGAUGGUGACACCAGCAGACUGUUGCUGCAGUGACAUGGUCCUUUGCAGGCCCAAUGGGCAGCCUUCCAAAACUUGCCUGCUGGGUAAGGGGGACAAGACCAGUAACUGGGUGUAUCCGAAUGGUGUUUGAGUGGAGGCCCAGCUGGGGCAACUCCUGGGACAGUAGAGAGCUUGUCCUUGUGUCCACCCCCAUUGUCCAGGCCUGCAUGAAAUAAAGGGAAGUUCCUGCUAUUGAUUUCAAGGGGCUUGUGAUGGAGGAAGAGGGGCCUCAGUGUGUGUGGGAGUCAGUACCUAGAAAACCUUGUCCCCAGCUAACAGGUACGCAGUCCUUGGGGAGCCACUGGGUUUCAUGUUGAUCCUGGGGACGCUGUCAAUUUCUCCUGCAGGAGAAGUCACUGAACUUUUUCAACUGUAUCAGUAGCACAGUAUUUUUGUAUGAAAAGUGGGAGACUUCUGAACAGUAAAUUCAUUUAAUUGCUAACAUUUUGAAAUAAAGUAAAAAAAACCUUAUGUCAGCAUUGUG